CGCUGAACAGAAAGUUCGGCGAACUUUCUGUUCAGCGAACCUUUUUACAAACAAGUUUCCCCUGAUUAUUGGUGAGAUGCUCUGUUAGCCAAUGAGGAAAAAAUAAACUAUUUCCCUCUAUCUCAUUGGUUUACACUCUGAUCCCUGCUCUCACGGUUUUGUCCCAGAAAGUCUUUAUUUGCUUUAUUCGGGUCACAUUGGAGGUGGGAGGAACUUAAAAAGAAACUUAAAAAAAAUCCAAAGCAAACUUAAGCAUUACCGAGUGAACAGGGAUGACAUUCAGACACCUGGCAGCUGUCUGUGUCUAUGCAGGCUUCUGGCAGUAAUGGCUACAGACUGGUUAUAAAGUCUAAAAGCUUCAGUGUGGUUAAUUGGUUGAAAGCCGCCUUACUGCCUGAGGCCUUCAUGGAUUAAACCCUAUAGACUGAGACAGGAGCAUCUUACUUCAGAUUUGGUCAUUAAUUGAGAAUAGAAACGAUUUGUCUCGGUCUGUAUGGUUCUAAAAUAAUUUGGGGUGGGUAAUUUGGAGCAUUUGCUGCCCUGAUGCACUUGUUUAUCUGGAUCCGUCUCUACACACUUGAGAGAAUUGGUCUUUUUUUACACAAAUGCAUCGGUAAGAGUGGGAGGGGCAAGUGGGCAAUUGAGGAGGAAAAGAAAAAUCGGGAAUAUAGGGAUUUAAGAAACAGACUCCAAAUUUAUGUGAAAUUUAAAACGUGUUUAUUUUUAUUUGAUAUAAUUGGCCUGGUUUCAGUGAGAAAAUUUUACAUUUUCAAAUGUGAUGAAUAUUAUUGGAUUAAGUUUUUGUUCGGAAAAAAAAUAAAGCUCACUGAAAUUUAUUGCCUGACGUGUAUUUGUUUUAUUACCCUGUUAAACAGAAGCUAGGGGGCAAAGUGUCGGCCUUCUGGCUGGACUUUGGGUCACGGAUAUAAACUGAUCUGGAAGCAGUUUCCUUUAUUCUGGAGUUUAACUUCAGCUCUUCUCUCAGGAUGGUUAACCUGGUGCUCCCUUGCUUUUCAUUCAUAACUCUGUUAGCAUUUGGGAGAUGUUUACUGCUGCCUCCAUGUGACAGUGAAAUCUACUGCUCAGGACCCAUCCUGCAUCAGGUCCAAGAAGCUAAGCUGUUUGAUGAUGACAAGUACUUUGUUGACAUGAAGCUGAAGUCAGCUCCUGCUGAUGUUUUGGCAGCUUUUAAACUCCUCUCCAAUGAAUCGCCAAACUCCUCCAUCCCUGCCACAAAACUCAAAGAGUUUCUUGAUGCAAACUUUGAGAAACCAGGAACAGAGUUUGAGACGUGGAUACCAACAGACUGGCACGAAAAGCCCAAGUUCCUGAGCGGAAUAGCAGAUGAUAAGCUGCGGAUGUGGGGGGAAGAGAUUCACAAUCUGUGGAAGUCUCUCGGCAGAAAGAUCCAAAAUAAUGUCAAAGACCAUCCAGAGCUCUACUCUCAGAUUUACACCCCCCAUCCUGUUGUCGUGCCGGGCGGGCGCUUCAGGGAACUCUACUAUUGGGACUCCUACUGGGUCAUCAAUGGACUGCUCCUGUCCGAGAUGACCGAAACGGCCCAUGGUAUGAUCCAGAACUUCCUCUUCCUCGUCAACAGGUAUGGCUUUGUUCCAAACGGUGGGAGGAUUUACUAUGAGAGGAGGAGUCAGCCUCCAUUCCUCACGCUGAUGGUGGAGAGCUACUAUGAAGCAACCAAGGACCAGCAGUUCCUCAGAGAAGCUCUUCCAGUUCUGGAGAAAGAGUAUGAGUUCUGGAUGCGAAACCGUUCUGUGGCCUUGAAAGAAAGCGGGUCAGACCAUGUUCUGAACCGGUAUAUCGUGGAGGCGGACCUGCCCAGGCCUGAAUCCUACACUGAUGAUCUGGAAUUGGCUGAAGGACUCUCUGAUGAGCUCAAACAGCAGCUGUGGAUGGACCUAAAAGCAGGUGCAGAGUCUGGUUGGGACUUCACCUCCCGCUGGUUCAUAAACAGCACCGGCCACAACGACGGGACCCUCCGAGAGACCCGCACCAGCCAGAUUUUACCCACUGACCUCAACUCCCUGCUGUGCCGCAAUGAGAGAACCCUGGCCUCGUUCCACCGACUGCUGGGUAACACUGAGUCAGCCGCUCUGUAUGACCAGGCUGCAGCCGGCAGGACUAAGGCUAUGGAGGCGCUGCUGUGGGACGCUGAGAGGGGAGCCUGGUUUGACUACAACCUGGUGACGCACUCCAAACACUUUGAGUUCUACCCCUCCAACCUGGCUCCUGUUUGGGCUCGAUGUUAUUCUCAGCCUGAGAUGGAAGAGAAGGCAGUGAAGUACCUGAAGGGGAGCGGCGCUCUCGACUUCCCCAACGGAGUGCCAACGUCACUGAGGGAGUCUGGGCAGCAGUGGGACUAUCCCAACGCCUGGCCUCCUUUGCAGCACAUGCUCAUUGAAGGUUUGUCCAAACUGUCUUCAGAGGACGCCAAGAAUCUGGCUUCUAAUUUGGCACAGCGCUGGAUCAAAACAAACUGGCUGGCUUAUGAAAAAUACAAAGCCAUGUUUGAAAAGUACGAUGUGAAUGGCGACGGGAAACCAGGUGGAGGUGGAGAAUAUGAAGUUCAGCUGGGCUUCGGUUGGACCAACGGUGUGGCCCUGCAGCUCCUGGAUCAGUAUGGGGCGACUCUCACCUCGGGAGGCAGACGUGUGUGUGUUGACCUCCUGCUGCCUCUGGCCGUCUCCAUCGCUCUCAUGCUCCACUGAAUCAGAGGUGUCAGAAGAACCCGGCUGAGGCCUGGAUUUUAUUUUAGCAUUCCUGUUUUCACUCCUACAACAUCUCUCUGUCCACAGACACGACUAAAGAGACUUAUGAGGAUAUAUAUUUUUAUCCAUUAAAACCAAUAAUUAGCAUUUUUAUUGCAUAUAAUUACUGAUGAUUUGUUUUAUUCCUCUGAGGCCAGUAUUGCUUUGUUUCAUGAGAAGAUUUGUAUCUAUAUUUUAGCUGCUGAAUGUCAUAACAGCAUUAAUUUUCUUCUUUACUUUAAAAAUAUUCACGCUACUAAUUCAGUUCUUGUAUUUAUUGCCGUAAUGGAGCUUAAUUAUCCUGAGCCUCUGGGUUUCAGUAAAAAAAAAAAAAGCCUGUAAAUUAACUUCGUUGAGAAAUAAACAUUGACUCAGAUACUCAUA